GCCAAUGGGCGAGCGCGGGGCAGGUGCCCGCUAACUCGCGCCUCGCAGCGCUGGGCGGCCGGGGCUGGGCAGGGCAGUGCGGGGACACCGGGGGCUGGGGUCGGUCCCAGCGGGACUCCGAAAGGAGGGAGACGAGCUCAACCCUCGGGCCUUACCGGCAGCUCGCAGCCUAGCACGGAGCCCGCGCCUGUGCGGGCGCCUGGAGCUGCCCGCUCCGCCGCAGCAGCCGCCGCGCCUGGCCGUACGCUGUGGCCGGACCCCGCGGUCGCUCGCUCACACACCCCUCGCCGCUCCGCGCCUGGCUCGCCCGCGGGGGCCGAGCGCGAGCGGGCGGGCGGGGGAGGUGAGGGGUGCGGGCGGGUGUGCAUGUGCCUGGCUGGGUGCACACCCCGCAAGGCGGCGGUGCCAGGACGCGGAGCGCUCCCCGGAGCCCGGCUGCCUCGCACAGCUCCCGCGGCUGCGACCAUGUUCCAGCCGGCGGCCAAGCGCGGCUUUACCAUAGAGUCCUUGGUGGCCAAGGACGGCGGCACCGGCGGGGGCACUGGCGGCGGGGGCGCGGGCUCCCAUCUCCUGGCGGCGGCCGCCUCCGAGGAACCGCUCCGGCCCACGGCGCUCAACUACCCUCACCCCAGCGCGGCCGAGGCGGCCUUCGUGAGUGGCUUCCCUGCCGCGGCCGCCGCGGGCGCGGGCCGCUCGCUCUACGGUGGGCCCGAGCUCGUGUUCCCCGAGGCCAUGAACCACCCCGCGCUGACCGUGCAUCCGGCGCACCAGCUGGGCGCCUCCCCGCUGCAGCCCCCGCACUCCUUCUUCGGCGCCCAGCACCGGGACCCUCUCCAUUUCUACCCCUGGGUCCUGCGGAACCGCUUCUUCGGCCACCGCUUCCAGGCCAGCGACGUGCCCCAGGACGGGCUGCUUCUGCACGGCCCCUUCGCACGCAAGCCCAAGCGGAUCCGCACGGCCUUCUCGCCCUCGCAGCUGCUGCGGCUGGAGCGCGCCUUCGAGAAGAACCACUACGUGGUGGGCGCCGAGCGGAAGCAGCUGGCCGGCAGUCUCAGCCUCUCCGAGACGCAGGUCCGACGUGUUGGAGUGGGGCUCAGCGACCCUCAGCCUAGCUGCUGCCCUGGAGGUGGAUUUCAGUCUCUGCGUGCCGGCCGGCUCCCAGAGUUGCGAGAGGCCGGCUCCGCGGUCUCCCAGCUACCCUCCCGGCUGACUUUUCACCUUCCGCUCCCCUUUCCUCCUAGUCUCGACCCUACUACACCACCGUCCCCUCCCAAGUCCCGGGCAGUGAGAAGAUGCCCGGCAUGGGGGGCAGCCAGAGCCUCCCUUUAGCAGCCAGAGUAGGAAGGGGGCUUAGUGAGGGAGCCCAGACCCAAACUUCAUCCGCAGCUUUCUUCGGCGGACCUUACCCUCUCCUCCUUCAGUGGCAUUUUGGCAUCUAUUGUCGUCAUAUCUGUCUGCUGCCCCACUUAAUCUACAAAUCGCUCAUGGGUCGGAGGCAGGACCCGUGCGUUUUCAGAUGUAGUAGCUGGGCUGUUCUAACUGCAGGGAAAAAGCUUACAAAACAAGAGUUAAUUUUAAAAACGUUUCAAAGAAAGAUGUGUUUUUAAAAAUAAGUUAAUAAAAUAACACUCCCUUUUCCCUC